GAGAAAAUCACUCCAGCGCUUCAGCUCCUGACACCUGCUCAGGCACUUUGUUUGUCUUUCAACCACUCAAGAAGAUGUAAAUGUCGUUCCGCUUUACAGCUUGGAAAGAGCGAAGUCUUAACAAUUAAAGUACCAUACUUUUCGUACCAAAUCGCCGUAACGCAACGUAUGCGCGAUGUGCGGACAGCACUGAUAGGACGCAUUGUGUUCCCCUCACUAUCAAACCAGGUCACAGGAAUGUGGGCAGCCCAGUCUGAGCCAUCUUGGUGGUCUCCUGCACCAUCAGCUCCACAGAAGUGGUCCUCCGCUCCAUCAGCUCCACCCUGGUGGUCAUCUGCCCCACCGUGGGGAUCUUCGCUCCCAUCUGCUCUGCUGUUGUGGUCAUCUGCUCUGCCAUGGGGAUCUACUGUCCCAUCUGCUCUGCUGUGGUGGCCUCCUGCUCUGCCGGACCCGCCCUGGCCUCUUGCUCCGACAACUCUGCCCUGGUUUACCUCUGGCACAAGGCCAUCUUCCACCACACGGGCCUGGCCCACCAUCCCUCCCUCUGAUCCGACUCCUUUGAGGCAGUAUUACAUCAAAAAUUUGACUUAA